UCGCCGCCGCGUCUGCGCAUGGGGAGCUGGUUGCCGCUGCCGCCGCCUGGAAUUGUGGGGGUUGUGUCUGCCCCUCGGCUGGCGGGCGGGAAGCCGAAGGUCUAUAUCUAUGGCUCUCCAGGACCUGCCCCCUUCUAGGAUGGCUCUUCUGGGAAUGCUGCUCGGGCUGCUGAUGGCUUCCUGCUUCACCUUCUGCCUCAGUCAUCAGAACCCGGAGUUUGCGCUCACCAGCCCAGAGAAGAGCAGGACCAAAGAAGUGGAGAGAAAGGAAACCACAGCAGAAGAGGAGCUGGACUCCGAGGUCCUGGAGGUGUUUCACCCGACCCAUGAGUGGCAGGCCCUUCGGCCAGGGCAGGCUGUCCCUGCUGGAUCCCAUGUGCGGCUGAAUCUCCAGAGUGGGGCAAGAGAAGUGAAACUCCAAGAAGAGGACAAGUUCCGAAGUAAUUUGAAAGGGUUGAAAAAAGGCAGAAGGCUGGACAUCAACACUAACACCUACACAUCUCAGGACCUCAAGAGUGCACUGGCAAAAUUCAAGGAGGGGGCAGAAGUGGAGAGUUCAAAGGAAGACAAGGCAAGGCAGGCCAAGGUUAAACGACUCUUUCGCCCCAUCGAGGAACUAAAGAAGGAGUUUGAGGAGCUGAAUGUUGUCAUUGAGACUGACAUGCAGAUCAUGGUACGGUUGAUCAACAAGUUCAACAGUUCCAGCUCCAGCCUAGAAGAGAAGAUUGCUGCACUCUUUGAUCUCGAAUAUUAUGUCCAUCAGAUGGAUAAUGCACAGGACCUGCUUUCCUUUGGCGGCCUUCAAGUGGUGAUCAAUGGGCUGAACAGCACAGAGCCCCUGGUGAAGGAGUAUGCUGCGUUUGUGCUGGGGGCUGCCUUUUCCAGCAACCCAAAGGUCCAAGUAGAGGCCAUUGAAGGGGGAGCCCUACAGAAGCUGCUGGUCAUCCUGGCUACAGAGCAGCCUCUCCCUGCAAAGAAGAAGGUCCUGUUUGCGCUGUGCUCCCUUCUGCGGCACUUCCCCUACGCCCAGCAGCAGUUCCUGAAACUGGGGGGGCUGCAGGUCUUGAGGAGCCUGGUACAGGCGAAGGGCACAGAGGUGCUGGCUGUGCGCGUGGUCACUCUGCUUUAUGACCUGGUCACUGAAAAGAUGUUUGCUGAGGAGGAGGCCGAGCUGACAUGGGAGACGUCCCCAGAGAAGCUGCAGCAGUAUCGCCAGGUGCACCUCCUGCCGGGCCUGCGGGAGCAGGGCUGGUGCGAGAUCACCACCCACCUCCUGGCCCUCCCUGAGCACGAUGCCCGAGAAAAGGUGCUGCAGACGCUGGGCGCCCUCCUGGCCACCUGCCGGGACCGCUACCGUCAGGAUCCCCAGCUCAGCAGAACGCUAGUCAGCCUGCAGGCUGAGUACCAGGCUCUGGCCGCCCUGGAGCUCCAAGACGGUGAGGAUGAGGGCUACUUCCGGGAACUGCUGGGCUCCAUCAACAGCUUGCUGAAGGAGUUGAGAUGAGGCUGCUCCCCAACACUGGGACUGGACUGGGACUUUAGUGAGGCUGAUGGGCACCAGCUUGGCUGGGCUCUUCAGGGGACACCAGCCAGGAGGGAGGACUUCCCUACUGGGGCCUGGACAUCAUCUGGGUAGUGCUGGCUUGGCCAUUAAAUGGAGACAUGAGGGCC